AAACUCUGAACAAGACAGCAAGCAGUCACUAGAGUCAAAUCAUUCUGCCUUAAAUCGAAGCCCAACCAGCACAUACCACUGACCAGUGGCACAGGGAUCCUCUCGAUGGCAGGAUUUGACAGUGACGCUAUGAAUGCUUCAUUACUCAGUACAGCAGCUAAUUCCACAAGCCCUAACAUCACACAGUCCCCUUCAGAGACUCUGCACGUGACAGAGAUUGGAAUAGCCACCCUGAUAUUCGUGGUUGGGUUGCCUCUAAAUGUCUUGGUUAUUUGGGUGCUGUGUUUCCACAGCACCAGAAGGAAUAGCUUUGGGAUAUAUGUACUGAACCUGGCCUUUGCUGACUUGGUAUUGGUGAUGCGUAUCCCACUGGCCAUUGCAUACCUGGUUGCCUAUAACCAAUGGCACUUUGGAUCUAUCACUUGUAAGAUCAUCAUGUUCCUGAGAGUGCUGGGCCUGUAUGCAGGGGCUUUCCUUCUCUCUGCCAUCAGCCUGGAGCGAUGCCUAUGUCUCUUGCACCCUGUAUGGUAUCGUCUCCGCAGGCCUGUCUGGGUUGUCCCUACCAUCUGCGGGUUCCUGUGGUGCCUCUCCUCAUUCCUCAGUUUCCCGUACCUGCAGUACAGUCAGGUCAUCGAUGACCAAUGUCAUGACAAAUUUGAGUCUCCAAUAGGGCUUUUUGUCACAGAAACAGUGUUGGGGUUCCUGAUGCCCUUGCUGCUCUUCGUCUCCUGCAACUUGUUGGUCUUGCUAAAGGCAAAACGGGAAUACUCCUUGAAGAAUGCCAAGCUGUUUAAGGUUCUCACCUUUACCAUGGUGGUGUUCCUCACCUUCUGGGUCCCCUACCAUGUGUUUCGUUUCCUUAUGUCACUUUACAGUUCCUCUCCUGAGGACAAAGCAUACGGUGUGGCGGCCAAGGGGGUUUAUUUCUCCCUGUACUUGGUUUACCUGAAGAGCAGCCUCAACCCCGUACUUUAUGUCUUAGCUGGAAAAGACUUACGCAACACUGUGAAAGCAUCACUGAUGUCAGCAAUCGAGGGGCUCUUCAGUGAUGAAGCCUCUGAUUUGAAACAAAGACGAUCCUUAAAGGCACAAGAGUCACAGGUCUAGUGAACAUUCAAGGUUGUCCGCAUGAGAUCAGCAAGUGCCUGGCCACUAGGGUCCGCUGUAGCACAAUGAGGAGAAACAGCCCCUGACAGUUUUGCUCCCCUAACCAAUGUAAUACCCUGUGCUCCCCUGACUGUAUGACUCACUCUGCACACCAUGCAGCUGUGAUUUUACCAAGUGAGCCUGGGGAACACCUUGAUACACUUAAUGAAAAAUGACCUGCCUGUAACAUUCUUUCAUAUUGAUAAUAUUACAUGAGAGAAAGAGUCAUUUUGAAAUUUUGAGCUGCAUCUUGAGAACGCUGAUAAAAUUUGCAAAGUAUAGACUUUACUUUCAUUUUAAGCAGGGCAAAGAGUUUGCAAUAUUUACCCAAACGGUUAGCUAGCUCCAUGACCAUAUAGAUGUGCUUUUGAAACUUUUUUUUUUUUUUUUUUGUGUGUGUGUGUGUGUGUAUAUAUGUAAACUGUAUAUCUUAUCUACUGUCAAGCCACAGUGAUGCCAGCUGAAAUCACGGCUAGGCAGGUAAAUUGACGUAGGGUAAGGGAAAUAAAGUAUGUAUUUUUUCUCUCUUUCCCCAAUUAUGUGCUUAAAGAGCCUGCAGUAAAAUAUUUGGAAAAUAUUCAGUUAAUUAAAUCAGUAGGCAUCCUUACAGAGACCUCUGUGGAAUCUACAGGAUUUUUAGGAACUUAAAACCACCCAUAACACCAAACACU